AUGUCUACUGAAUUACAUUUUUCAAUUAAAUCAUACUUUGAGAGUACGCCCGUCUUAGCAUGGUCAUAUUUGGAUUUUUUAAAGACUUUAAAAUCUUAUUGCAUCUUGGAAGAACGUUCGUUGGACGAUCUAAAAUCCAUAUGGAGGAAGCAGGGUGCCAUCCUCUUUGUGGUAUGGGAUGCCAUUCCUCAGCGUUGUAUUUCACGAUCUUCUGCUAUUACACAGCCUAGAGAGGAUGCUGUCCUUCUCGAGAAGCGCCCACCUGAAGAAGAGAACUUUUGGGAUGGUGUUAGACUAGAUAAAGAGUUGAUGAUAAGAGAGGAUGUUUUUGAUAAGAAAUCGCAGAUAGAAGCAUUAGAUGUGCUCUGCGUUUCUCGUAGUCAGAAAUCUAAUGAGUAUGUUAAUAAAAUUAAUUCACACAUACUGGAACAGACUGAGAUGGCAAGAGAGAAAGAAGCGGAUACCAUAAUAGGACAAAAGUGA